AGCAGGUGCCCGGCAGCCGCCCGCACCGCACCGCACCGCACCGCGUAGGUAGGAGCGCCGGGGCGCGGAGGCUCCGCGCGGGGCUGAGGCAGGGCGGGGCUCGAGAACUCCCAUGGAGCAGCUCGGACCGGGGCGUCGGGCAAAGCCGGGCCGAGGGCCGCUGGGGCGGAGCGGGGCCGCGGCUUUCCGCGGUGCAGCUGGGCCCGGCAGGCUGGAAGGGACCGGCUGCCGGCGGGGCAAAGGCCUGCCGCCGCCUCCCUGCAGCCAGAGCAUCACCGGCUGUGACCCCGCGCCCCUCCGCCGGAGAGCGCACCGAGGGAUGGGAUGGCACGGGUCCCCCUUUCAGCAGUGUCAGGCUCCGCUGUCUUCUUCAGCCGCCUCGUUCGCAUCCCGGGGAGGAGCUAACCGCAAGGGUUCCGGGGAAGAAGCUCCGACAACGUCUAGAGCCUUUGUGUCCGGCAGAGCGCCCCGCUGCCAGGGCCCGUCCCGCCGGGCCGGGACUCCGUGCCCUGCCCCGCCGUGGGACAGCCCGGAGCGCGGGUUGAGGGUCCUCGUUGUUUCCUAAAGUGCAAGGAUUGCUUUGUCUCGGUGAACGUCUGACCUGUGUUCGUUCUGGAUGUGCUGUCAAAAAAUCAUCGCCCGGGAUUGUAAAUGAAGAGAUUACAAACAAACGACUGGAACAGAGUUAUUUUCUAACUGGCAGAUCUGUUUACAAAGUUAAACUUCAGAGAUAAAAAUUUUUAUGGAGUCUGUAGCGUCUUCUCUGAGAAACUGGAUGUCAUCCAAAACUGGUCUCCAGUGCAAAUCAUUAUAAAUGUUGGUAAAUGCUUUACUUUAUUUUAUUGUGCUGUUCCAAUUGUGUGAUUCGUAAGUUGUUUUUUUUUUUUUUGCCUGGGAUCUCUCUCUCUGAAAACUGCCAUAAAUAAAACUUUAUUCAUAUA